AUGGGGUACUACGGCUCUUACUCUCGUUAUGGAGGCCUUACCACUGCGGUGGUCGUUGUCGGAACUUAUAUGCUCUUCAAUGGUGACGGCGAAGCUUUUAAUGUCGGUCGCUUUCUCGAAGAAACAUCACCAUACGCAUGGGCCUCGCUGGGAGUGGCCCUUUGUAUAGGCCUUAGUGUCGUGGGAGCAGCAUGGGGUAUCUUCGUCACUGGUUCCAGCAUAAUUGGAGGAGGAGUACGGGCACCGCGCAUCCGCACUAAGAAUUUGAUUUCUAUUAUUUUCUGCGAAGUUGUCGCCAUUUAUGGGGUUAUUAUGAGUAUUGUCUUCUCGUCUAAACUUGGCAACGUACCCUCAGCAGAACUUCUCUUCACCGAGAAGAACUACUACACAGGCUGGGCUAUCUUCUGGGGAGGCCUCACUGUUGGUAUCUGCAACCUUGUCUGCGGUAUUGCCGUUGGUAUCACUGGUUCUUCUGCAGCCCUUGCCGAUGCUGCCGACGCGGCCCUGUUCGUCAAGAUCCUUGUCAUUGAGAUCUUUGGCAGUGUAUUGGGACUAUUUGGAUUGAUUAUCGGAUUGUUGAUUGCCGGAAAGGCCGAGGAAUUCAGUUAA